CCCACUUUAGUAUCAGGGUGUGUCACUCUCGGUGUUGUGUGAAAACCAAGUUGAUUGUUUGCCUUCAAGCUGCUAGAUCUACCUCUGUGAGCUUUGAAAGAGCUAGAGUGCGUUGGCGUUGUGCAUUGUGAUAAGUCCUGGAGUGUCACAUGUGCUAGACCAUGAGUGAGCCGGGACCACGUGAGCUGGAUGACAUGGCCUCUGUACCUGCAUCGGGUACUAUGACUAUUGAAGUUGUGGAGGAGCCCUCACCUCAGAAAUCAGAGCAGGGUAGUCAACAGGGGUUGCUAGCCUCGGGUGGCGACACAACACAAGAAGGAUCCCCAGUCAAGGAUGGGGGCGGGGCUCCACAGCAGGAUCAGGAGGAGGCGGUCCCGGAGAAGCUGGCUGAUGACGAUGCACCCAAGGAGGCGCUCUGGAGGAGGGUGCUCUAUUGGUUCUUCCCGAAACUAAGGAGAGUUGAGAAGCACCGUGACCUGAUAGCCAAUGAUAACGAGUACAAUGCAGUGUUCAAGUACUGUAAAAACACUGUGACCACUUCCAAGUACAACAUCAUCACAUUCCUACCCAUCAACCUAUUUGAGCAGUUUCUGAGAGUGGCCAAUACUUACUUUCUGAUCCUCGUCAUCUUACAGUUGAUCCCCACUGUGUCCUCAGUCCCCUUCUACACCACCCUCAUCCCUCUCCUGGGUGUGCUGGCCGUCACCGCCAUCAAGGACGCUUAUGAUGACAUUUUGCGACACUACAGUGACUACAAAGUGAACCGUCGAGAAGCCCACAUUCUCUGUCAUAACACAAAGGAGGUAAAGAAGCACUUUUGGAGGGAUGUGGUAGUAGGGGACAUUCUACGGCUGGAGAAGGAUGAGUUCAUUACUGCUGACAUGCUGCUCCUCUCCUCCAGUGAACCCAACAGUCUUGCGUACAUUGAGACAGCCGAGCUAGACGGGGAGACCAAUCUGAAAGUGAAACAAGCUCAACCAGAGACUGCAGAGAUGCAAAAAGAUCAUGACAAACUGGCCGACUUCAGAGGCAAGGUCAUAUGUGAGCCCCCUAACAACCGACUGAACAAGUUUGUGGGCACCCUCACCAUUGACGACAAUCUUCUCUCUCUUGACAACGAUUCUCUUCUACUCAGAGGCUGCCGACUGCGUAACACUAGCUGGAUCUACGGCCUAGUGGUGUACGCUGGUCACGACACCAAACUGGUGCAGAACAGCGGACAGACCAAGUUCAAGAGGACCCAUCUUGACCUGCUCAUCAACAAGCUUGUCAUUUUUAUUCUCUGUUUCCUUGGUUCUGUUGUCGUUGUCUGCCUCAUUGGAUCAGCCAUAUUUGAAUCUGUCUAUGGAGUGCCGUUCACCGACUAUGUGCCCUAUUUCAACUCGGUCCAAGACAAUCCUGCUGAGCUGGCGUUCCUACAGGUGCUCUCCAACAUCAUUGUGCUCAACACCUUUGUACCCAUCUCCCUCUAUGUCAGUGUGGAGGUGAUUCGACUGGGACUGUCCUUGCUUAUCAACUGGGAUGUCAAGAUGUACUACGCCAAAGAUGAUAUUCCUGCCGUUGCGAGAACCACUGCUCUGAAUGAGGAGCUGGGUCAGAUCGAGUACAUCUUCUCUGAUAAGACCGGAACACUCACACAAAAUGUGAUGACAUUUCUCAAGUGCUCUAUCAGUGGCAACAAGUACGGGGAGGCAACAGACGACGACAAGGAGAUUGUACAGCAGGUAGCCUCAGGCGAGAAUCUAGUGGAGCGCUCCAACAGUGCUAGCUCUAGUGACCAUGGUCCUUGUGACCUCACCUCGUGGAACCCUUAUGCUGACCCAAAGUUUGUCUUCUAUGACCACAGUAUGAUCGCUAAGUGCCAAAGCCGAGAUCCGGAUUGCGAUGAGUUCUUCAAGGUCCUUGCUCUCUGUCACACCGUCCUGCCCUCCAUGGAGACUGGCUCACUGACGUACAACGCUCAGUCACCUGAUGAAGCUGCUCUCGUCUCCGCAGCAAAGAACUUUGGAUAUGUCUUUAAGGCUCGUAGUCCGUUCUCCAUUACUGUGGAGUUGCUCAACUUGGAUGCAGGGAAUCGUGAAGUGGAGUAUGAGAUGCUCAACAUUCUGGAGUUCAACAACGAGAGAAAGAGGAUGUCGGUGAUUGUAAAGUUGGAAGAUAAGAUCACUCUCUACUGCAAGGGAGCCGAUGCUGUGGUCCUUGCUCGAUUGUCUGAGGAGUCUGGCAAGGAGCUGAAGAAGCACACUCUGGAACAGCUAGCGGAGUAUGCUAGAGAGGGACUGAGGACGCUGGUGUGUGCCAAGAAGGACCUCACUAUUGAGGAAUACUCCGCAUGGGCAGAGAAAUAUCAGCAGGCUAGCACCCAAUUGGAGGACAGAGAUCACGCUUUGGAUGUUGUGUUUGAUGAGAUAGAGCAGGGUAUGACAAUGGUGGGCACCACGGCCAUAGAGGACAAGCUACAGGAUGGAGUACCCGACGCCAUUGCCAAUCUAGCCAAGGCGGACAUCAAGAUCUGGGUGCUAACGGGAGACAAGCAGGAGACGGCCAUCAACAUUGGCUACUCCACCAAACUGCUCACUCCCCAAAUGAGGGUAUUCAUCGUGGACGCUGAUACUAAGAAGGGUGUGGUCAAACAACUGGCUGACAUUACAGAGCAGAUGAAAAUCUCCCUGGAGGAACGUGGGGAUAACCCGCCUGACCCGUUUGCAGGAGACGACGACGACGACCCGGUGGAGGAUGAGGACAGUGAGCCAAUGGAGAUGGAUGACAGCCGAUUGGGACCACCCUUUGGCAUAGUGCUCAAUGGACACAGUCUGAGAUAUGCCCUGAAGGAGGAUGUGAAACUGGACCUGCUGGAGACUGCUUGUCAGUGCCAGGCCGUCAUCUGUUGUCGUGUCACUCCACUGCAGAAGAAAAAAGUGGUUGACCUUGUGAAGAAGUACAAGAAUGCAGUGACCUUGGCCAUUGGAGACGGAGCCAACGAUGUGGGGAUGAUCAAAGCUGCCCAUGUUGGUGUUGGCAUCAGUGGGAGGGAGGGUCAACAAGCCGUCCUCUCAAGUGACUACUCCUUUGGACAGUUCAGAUAUCUGGAGCGCUUGUUGUUGGUCCACGGUCGCUGGUCCUACCAUCGAAUGACUGUCUUCCUCCGUUACUUCUUCUACAAGAACUUUGCCUUCACUUUCUCUCAAUUCGUUUUUGCCUUCUUCUGUGGAUUCACUGCCCAGACCCUGUAUGACCCCAACUACAUCUCAGUGUACAAUGUGAUCUACACCUCCCUCCCAGUCAUUGCUCUGGCCAUUCUAGACCAGGAUGUGAACGAAGACAACUGUUACCGCUAUCCCAAGCUCUAUAUAGCCGGACAAAAAAACAAAAACUUCACUGCAUUCAUUUUUGCUCGUAGCCUGGCCAAGGGGAUCUGGGUGGCCUUCACUGUGUUCUUUAUUCUGAUGGGGAUGACCUUGUUUAACGAGUUUGCGGCCGGGUGGGAGUGGGACUACCAAUCAUUUGGUCUGGCGGCCUCAGGGGCACUCACUAUCAUUGUCAAUCUGCAGAUUGCCCUGGACACGUCACACUGGAACCCGAUCAUGCAUAUCUUCGUAUGGGGCAGCAUGCUUUCAUGGUUUGUGAUCAUCCCUUUCAUGAGUGCCGGUCCCAUCUACAGUGGUUUCCUUGCUGCUUUUGACUUCUACGGUGGUGUUGGUAUUGAAGUGCUUAAAACUGCCACCUUCUGGUUCUAUGUGCCUCUAGCCGUAAUGGUAGCCCUCACCCCCACCAUCAUCACACGUAUCCUUAAAUUGGACCUGAACCCCCAUCUUGUCGAUGACGUUCGUCUCCUGCAGAAGAAGGAUGGUCCUCAGCUGUUUACAAGGCGUAAAAUUAAACGUAAAACUCCGUCCAUCCGUGGUCGUUCAGGAUCCGUACAUCGCACUGGCUAUGCAUUUGCACAAGAGGCAGGAUUUGGUACUAUGAUUACCAAUGGGAGAGCUUUUGGAAUGGACCAAGAGGAAGUGCAACAAGAACGUCAUCGCCGUAUGUCACAGCUAAUCAUGUCGCAUCCUCCCACUCCGACUCGUUCCACAUCCCCAAAUGUAGCUAGUGGCCUUGAGGCAUCUCUGGGUGUGGCCGCUUCCAUGGCGAUAUCUCAGGGGGAAGUAGAGGUCGAAGUUCAUGUAGAGAGCCCACUGGAAGUUGACGUGAGUAUGGAGGAGGCGAUGCAGGUGAAGGUGAUGGGGAGCGAGGGGGGUGCCAAUCUCCCCGGGAGUGUGACCAGCUCCGAUGACCUGCCCAAUACAGAAGUGGUUUGAAGUGUAUAGUCCUGUUAUCAGAAGGAUGAUAAACAAUUUUGAAGUAUAAUUAUUAUAAUUAUAUCCCUCUACUAGUUUAGUGUACAUGCAAGUGCUAGGUUGUACAAUUAAUUACCAUGACUGCAUAUAUAUAGUAUUAUUGUUUUAUUGUUUUCAUCUAGUAGCCAAGGGUUUUAAUGAAUUUCUUAUAACAGUCAUA